GCCGCCGGGAUGGAGGCGGUGCUCCGGCUGCCACGUUGAAGCGGAACGUGGAGGAGCCUCGGGCCCUGAUAGAAAGCGAGGAGGAGCCGCCGGCGAAGGAGGCCGCAACUGAGCCCUGCCUUUCCUGGAGAGGGUGACCGGCCGGAGCAGUGAUGCUGUCUGUUACUCUGUUUUCAGCAGGAUGAAGCUAAAAGAGAUAGACCGUACUGCCAUGCAGGCAUGGAGUCCAUCUGACCACCAUCCCAUUUACUUGGCUACUGGUACAUCUGCUCAGCAGUUAGAUGCGACCUUCAGCAGCAAUGCUUCCCUGGAAAUAUUUGAACUUGACUUGACAGACCCCUCGCUGGAUAUGAAGUCCUGUGCCAUUUUCUCUUCCUCACAUAGGUAUCACAAACUGAUAUGGGGCCCUCACAAAACGGCGUCCGAUGGGACUCUUUCAGGGGUACUUAUUGCUGGUGGCGAAAAUGGGAAUAUCAUUUUGUAUGACCCAGCUAAAAUACUAGCUGGUGAAAGCGAAGUUGUGAUUGCACAGAAGGAUAAGCACACAGGACCUGUGAGAGCUCUGGACGUCAACGUAUUCCAGACAAACCUAGUAGCGUCUGGUGCAAAUGAGUCUGAGAUUUACAUCUGGGACUUGAACAACUUUGCAACACCAAUGACACCGGGAGCCAAGACACAGCCUCCUGAAGACAUCAGCUGCAUCGCGUGGAACAGGCAAGUCCAGCAUAUCUUGGCUUCGGCGAGCCCCAGCGGCCGUGCGACAGUGUGGGAUCUCAGGAAAAACGAACCCAUCAUCAAAGUCAGCGACCACAGUAACCGGAUGCACUGCUCAGGGCUAGCUUGGCAUCCCGACGUUGCUACGCAGAUGGUCCUGGCUUCAGAAGACGACAGGCUGCCUGUGAUCCAGAUGUGGGACCUCAGGUUUGCAUCUUCUCCACUGCGUGUUCUGGAGAGCCAUGCAAGGGGUAUCUUGACCAUUGCAUGGAGUAUGGCAGAUCCUGAACUGUUGCUGAGCUGUGGAAAGGAUGCUAAAAUCCUUUGUUCCAAUCCAAACACAGGAGAGGUGCUGUACGAACUGCCUACCAGUACCCAGUGGUGCUUUGACGUUCAGUGGUGCCCCAGAAACCCUGCUCUCCUCUCCGCUGCUUCUUUCGAUGGGAGGAUUAGCAUUUACUCAAUCAUGGGAGGAAGCCCAGACAACAUGCGGCAGAAACAAGCGGACAAGCUGUCGUCAUCCUUUGGGAAUCUUGAUCCAUUUGGAACAGGGCAGCCCCUUCCUCCGUUACAACUUCCACAGCAGACCACCCCCACAGUCCUGCCAUUGAAGAAGCCCCCCAAGUGGAUUCGCCGGCCCGUGGGUGCCUCUUUCUCUUUUGGAGGGAAGCUGGUUACGUUUGAGAACAGCAAGCCUCCACAGCAAGGAGCGGAGCAGCCUCAGCCGCGCUACCACGUCUACGUCAGCCAAGUUGUCACCGAGAAGGAAUUCUUGAGCCGUUCUGAUCAGCUGCAGGAGGCUGUGCAGGCCGAAGCGUUCAUCAACUAUUGUCAGAAGAAAAUCGAUGCUGCCAAGAAUGACUUUGAGAAGAACGUGUGGUCUUUCUUGAAGGUGCAUUUUGAGGAGGAUUCGCGUGGUAAAUAUCUGGAACUCCUGGGGUACCGGAGAGAUGACCUGGGGCAAAAGAUUACUUCAGCUCUCAGUAAAGAGGCUCUUCCCCGCAGAGAACUAGAUGAGGCUCUUGAGGAAUCUGACCAGUCUGCACAGAGCGAUGGCGAAGAGGGUCUGCCGGCUAAGGAUCAGCUCUUGGCAGAGAGUACCAAAGACGAGAUGGAAGCGCUGCCAUCUGCAGAUGAAACAUUUAAUAUUUCUAUCACCGGAGAUAUCGAUGGCUUAAUCACUCAGGCGUUGCUGACUGGCAACUUUGAAGGCGCCGUCAAUCUCUGCCUCCAUGACAAUCGCAUGGCUGAUGCCAUUAUAUUGGCUAUAGCUGGUGGCCAGGAGCUGCUGUCCAAGACACAGAAGAAAUACUUUGCAAAGACACAUGGAAAAAUUACCAGGCUCAUCACUGCAGUUGUGACCAAGAACUGGAAGGAGAUUGUCCAGUCUUGUGAUCUGCAGAAUUGGAGAGAGGCUCUGGCUGCUGUCUUGACUUACGCUAGACCAGACGAAUUUGCAGCUCUCUGCGAUUUGUUGGGCGCUAGACUUGAAAAGGAAGGGGACAGCCUCCUGCAGACGCAGGCUUGCCUGUGUUACAUUUGUGCUGGGAACGUGGAGAAGCUAGUUGCCUGCUGGACUAAAGCCCAGGACGGAAGCCACCCGCUGUCCUUGCAGGACCUCAUUGAAAAAGUGGUAAUCCUGCGUAAAGCGGUCCAGCAGACGCAAGUGAUGGAUGCCAAUGCUGUAGGGGCCGUUCUGGCUGAAAAGAUGAGUCAGUAUGCCAACCUCUUGGCUUCUCAGGGCAGCAUUGCUGCAGCAUUAGCUUUCCUUCCUGCUAACACCAACCAGCCAAACAUUGUGCAGUUGCGGGACAGAAUUUGCAGAGCUCAAGGAGAGCUUCCCAGGGGCCCGGAGGCACCAAAGGCACCUUACGAGAGACAACCUGCAGCCAAGGGAAGAGUUGGGCCUGCGACUGGCCAGAUGCAGAUGCCACAAGCCCCAGCCCAUCAAUAUUAUCAGCAGGUUAGAGUUGCCCCUACUGUCACUACCUGGAGUAACAAAACCCCCACUGCCCUUCCUAGUCAUCCUUCUGCAGCCUCUCCCUCUGAGACACAGGGAGAAAACGUCCCCCCUCCUCCAGGGUUUAUUAUGCCAGGGUCCAUCAAUCCGAAUGCACCACCGCAUCAGCCUGCACCUCCUGGCUAUAACAUGUAUUCGCAGGUGGCGUCGCGGCAGGCAUAUCCACAACCUUGUCAGCCAGCACAGCAGUAUUCUUUCGGAACGGGGGGACCGUCGCUCUAUCAGCCCCAACAGCCGCCCCUCGCCCCUCCAGCUUCGGCCUCCUACGCGAACCCCAACCCUCCUUACAUGCCCCCUAACCCUCCCAGUUCCAUGCCUUCUCCCUUAUACCCAGCACAGCCCCAAGCCUCUCCGACCAGCUUGAACCCGAGCUCUCCUCUCCCUCCUCCCCCUCCUCCUGGCUCCUCCUCCUUCCAGCAUGGCAGGCCAGGAGCCCCAGCCUCUUCUCUGCCGUAUGCGCUGCCUUCUGGACCAACAGGUACAGAGCCUGCAACCUGUGAGCUCGCUGCAUCCCAAAGAACAGAAUAUCAAUCCGUACAAGAACGAGGCAGUAUCCUGCAAGGUGAUUUAGGGCCGCAGAAUGGCUGGAACGACCCUCCUGCCUUAACCAGGGGUCAAAAGAAAAAGAAGAUGACUGACAACUUCAUGCCUCCUGUUCCCAUCACAACCCCGAUCAUGAAUCCUUUGUCAGACCCACAAGCUCAGCAACAGCAGCAGCCUCCGGCUUCAGGCCCGCCUCCGCCCCAGGCUCCGUUCCAGCCCUCGCACUUUCCUCCGGGGCAGCCCAUGUUACAGCACCCUUUCCAGAACGUUCCCCAGCCUGGGGGUCACACCAUCAUGACUCCUGCGGUGUCGACACCUAGCAUGGAAGGAGCUCCAGGCGCUCCAAUUGGCAAUACCAUACACCAUGUGCAGGCCUUGCCAACCGAGAAGAUAACAAAGAAGCCCAUUCCCGAGGAGCACCUUAUCCUGAAGACCACAUUUGAAGCUUUGAUCCAGAGAUGUCUCUCUUCAGCUACUGAUCCGCAAACCAAGAGGAAACUCGAUGAUGCCAACAAACGCCUGGAGUCUCUGUAUGAUAAACUGAGAGAUCAGACACUCUCCCCAACGAUAAUCAACGGCUUGCACAACAUCGCCAGGAGCAUUGAAACGCGGAACUACACGGAGGGGCUGAACAUCCACACCCACAUCGUCAGCACUAGUAACUUCAGCGAGACAUCGGCCUUCAUGCCUGUGCUGAAAGUAGUCCUCACCCAGGCCAAUAAGCUCGGCGUGUGAAGUGAGCAUCCGCAGAGAAGCGCGGCGCUUCGGGAGAGCGUGUGUCACAGACCGCACCUUGGCCUUUAGAGCAUGAUGCGCUAGAAAGCUGGCCACAACCGGGGUCCUGCAGAUGAGCUUCAUUUUAGAAGGGCUAGUGAGUCCUGGUGCUUUUUCUUUCUCUGUUCAUCUUCUCUUAUUCUUACCUAUGGAUAAUGUAUUUAAUUACGCCACCCCAUAUCGUCCAUUUUAAAUGCAUGUUACCUGCUGCUUUGAAAGUGGCUUUUAAAUACAAGAAAGAGAAGGGAGUGUGUGUGUAAGGCUGCCCUCAAGAGAGAUUCCUUCCACAUUCCUCAGCAUCAACCAAUUAAAAGUUCCAGAUUCUA